AUGUCAGAGUGGUGGCGCAAGUAUGAAGGCCAUGUCCCCGGAGCUGGAAUAGACUACCCUGAAGAGUCCUGGCUCCUUUUAAAAUCAAGCAAAGGCUGCAAGUUAGAUACUUACCGAUACCACAUCCCAAACCCCCAAGCUCUUGUAUUUCUUUUUCAUGGGAUGCACGUUUCAUCAUUCAAUUUCGCUUACACCGCAAGUAUUUUAUAUCAAAAUAACUUCGCAGUUUUAGCAUUUGACCAAGAAAGCCAUGGAAACAGUGGUGGUCCAAGAGGAAACAUUAGAAGUGUGGACGAGUACGUUAAUUGCGGAAUCGAGUAUAUUUCAAAAGCAAGGGAACAUUACUCAGAAGGAACGCCUGUAUUUAUAAUAGGGGAAAGCAUGGGAGGCGCCAUUUGUGUGAACAUUGCUUUGCAGAUACCAAAUAUAGUCACCGGGAUGAUUUUAUUUGCACCUGCGCUAGGAAUUAAUCCAGAUUUAGAGCCAUGGUUAGUGAAAAUUAUUAGAUGUUUGGCCUGCUGCUGUCCUGGGCUUCCUACAAAGCCUGCUGAUAUAAGUAUGCUGUCAAGAAAUCCUUAUGUGGAACAGUAUCAGAGAGAAAACCCAGUAAAUUAUAAUGGAAGACUUAAUGCGAGGACUGGAGCAGCGCUAUUAAGAGCUUUUGAUGAAUUAAGCCCUCAGCUAGGAAAUGUGAGAGUUCCUUUUAUUUUGUUUCAGGGCGGAGAUGAUAUUAUGGUAAGUGAGCAACUGAAUAAAGAUUUUGUGAAAAAUUCUAAGGUGGAAGAUAAAAGAUAAAAUUAUAAGGCUAUAAGCGGAUAGACCGCUAGCCUAUAUGGCGUAAGCCCACCUAACCUAAAGAUUAGCUAGAGCCACCCCAUGCGGAUUCCAUGCUAGUCCCGAUAAGCAAAGACUAAGUGGGAGUCAAAACUGUCUAGCCUAUCUGGCAAGGGAAUGGAAAACCUCCCGCAAAGAAGCAAAAUUCCUCUUCAGCCUCCUCAAACCCGAAGGCCUACUUCAAAAAGUGACAGAGGCAUUAUUUCAGCCUCAUCUAGAAAAGUCCUAUAUACUCCAUAUGGAGAGUCUCGAAGUCCAUCUUCCAUAGACGUCACCAUUUUAUUCUCUGGUGAAAGAUAAGGAAUUGGUGUAUUAUAAAGAAAUGAGACAUGAUAUAUGCCACGAGCCAGAGAUUUUUGAAAUCACUCAAAAAAUAGUAGAUUGGAUUAAUAAAAGAGCUCCAUCGAAGAGUUAA